CGAAACGGAGGGAGACGCGGAUAACAGAAAAGACAAGAAAUCACAACAAGUAAACCUAAAUUAUUCUAAGAUUAAAUCGAUUAACUAAGUUUUUAAUAAAUAAAUUUCAAAAAAAAAAAACAAAAAUCCAGUGCAUAAAAGAAAGAUAAAAAGAAUUCAUCGCAUCGCAUAGCAAAAUAAUUAUAUAUAAAGAAAAUUGCGUACACAAAAAGCAUCAAUCAUAAAACAAACGAUCGAAGAAAAAUCACAUUUUUUCGGCUACACCUUGAAUUGAUAAGGGAAGUGAAUUGGCACAGCAAGCAAGCUUCGAAGUCGUGGAGGCUCUAACCAUCCAUUCUCCCAGCACGGGAAGAAUUCGCUUCUCCCGCCCGCAACCUUUUGCUCUCACGGCUCCAAGAGUCAGUGAGAUAGUUCAACUAAUCAUCAAUAUUACCCUGAUUUUGGAACAAAAACAAGUGCACGUAGUAAAUUCAUACAAUAAUCUGUGUAAUGAAGUGAAUUUAAUCUAUUUAAACGGAAGGGAAACAAAGAAAAAAAAAUUAAAAUAAAUAAAUAAAAAAAAAGAAUAAAAUUUAUAACGAAAUAUUUGCCUAAAGAAAUCGUCGAGCGACAUUGCAAUAAUUUUUAAAAAAAAGUAGUAGAGAUAGAUCAAGUGACGUGAAAAAUAUACCAUUGAAUUUCUGUGAAAGAAAUAAAAAAAAAUUGAAUUAUUUAUACAACUUAAAGCUAAAAAAAAGAUAAACAAUAUAUACAUAAAAGAAAUUUACCAUAAGUUUGAAUGUGCGAAAGAAGGAGUUACUUUUAAUAGAAGUGAAUAGAAUAGAAAGUAAUCUGAAACGAAAAGACUAAAAGCAAAACAAAACAACAAAAAAUAAUAAUAAUUUUAGACACGAUUUUUGAUUUUAAAAGACUUUUUAGUUAAAUUAAUAGAAGGAAAAUAAAAAAAAAAUAAAUAAAAAUAAAAUUAAACGGAAAUCACCGAACACACAAUUUCAACCAUAAAAUUUGUGUUAUCCCAUCGAGUUCUCCCGUGAGAAAGUAUCUUGAGCACACAUACACCACACAAAUAAAUUCGUACGCCAGUUUUGAUAUAUUCAAAUCCCACUGAACACGCACUAUGUCCAACAAUUUUUUGGGUGUUGGCGGUAAUUCAGCUCUAUCGAAGAAUUCGACUGAUGGCAUACUGAAUUUGUUGCAACUUAGCUUUCUUGGCAAUAAUGCCGGGGUAAAUGUUAACUCAUCUGCCGCACCAGCCACGAGUAUCAACUCGUUGAGCAGCGGCAUUGUACCAAAUACCAAUAACAUCAUGGUAGCAAAGAGCAAUUUCUAUUCGCAAACGGUUGCCAAUAAUUUGAGUGGACUCGGUGUCAGCAACAUCCAACAAUCAAUCAUACCGCAGUCGAUAUGUAAUUUUAUUGAAAAUUGUCUCGAUUCACAGCAGCAACUCAAUCCAAAUCAACCGAUUGUAAAAACUGGUCGACCCAUUGUAAACACAGCCAAUUUGGCUACGAGCAAUACACAACAACAUCAGCAGAAACGUAUCGAACGUGCUCAAACCAUCGCAAAUGUUCGCGAAAUGAAUGGAAUGUCCGAACAAUCAAUUGGGAAUACAUUCCAUAUGCCACAGUACAUUCGUGGCUCUUCGUACAAUGGAGCUAUAUCCAAAGAGGAAGACGGUGAAUCAACGACGAUGCAAUCCGAAUCCAUGAUUAAUGAAUUCAAAAAUGCGCUACGUAUCAUUUCAUCGGAUGUUAGUGCCAACAAACAACAUCGCACUGGUGAUAACGGUUCGUUUUCUGAGUUUGGUGAAUAUGUUGCUCGUGAUAAUUAUUUCAAUGCGUCAUCAAACAACACAUUGAACAAUUCGGCAAACAAUUUUCCCAUUGGUACAUUUUCAAUUGAGCAAGCAACACAACCGGCUGCCAAUCAAACAUUUCCCCAAACGGAUUAUUUCAAUCCAGCAACCGCUUCGCAGCUGAUGAGUAACGGCAUCAAUGGAACAACAUCAUCCCAUUCAUUUUCUGGUACUGGUAAUCAUAACAACAAUAACAGCAACACCACUGCAACCAAUAACAAUAACAACAAUGGAUCAGGAGAUGGAAAUCAAGCAACACGCGAAACUGGCAUCAUUGAAAAGUUAUUGCAUUCGUACGGAUUUAUUCAGUGUUGUGAGCGUCAAGCGCGUUUAUUUUUUCACUUUUCCCAAUUCAGUGGCAAUAUUGAACAUUUGAAAAUUGGCGAUCCAGUUGAAUUCGAAAUGACUUAUGAUCGUCGUACGGGUAAACCGAUUGCUAGUCAAGUGACAAAAAUUGCACCGGAAGUUGUUUUAUCGGAAGAACGUGUCACUGGAACGGUUACAACCGAAAUAAAAAUGGAUGGUAGUGCUAGUGAAACAACGACCGGCCGAAUAAGCUACGAAAAUCGCGGUGAAUGUUUCUUUUUACCGUAUACUAAAGACGAUGUCGAAGGAAAUGUUGUAUUGAGCUCAGGCGAUAAAGUCAGUUUUCAAAUUGCAACAAAUCAACGUGGUAAUUUGGGUGCAUGUCACAUUCGCUUAGAGAACCCAGUGCAUCCGGUUAAAUAUCGUGGUGUUGUUUGUUCAAUGAAAGAAUCAUUUGGAUUUAUUGAACGUGCUGAUGUUGUCAAAGAGAUAUUUUUCCAUUUCUCUGAAGCCGAAGGUACGGUUGAACUUCGACCUGGUGACGACGUUGAAUUUAUCAUUCAAACACGAAACGGCAAAGAAGUGGCUUGUAAUAUUAGUCGAUUACCACCUGGAUCCGUUGUUUUUGAAGACAUUGGAACACAACAGUACAAGGGACAGGUACUCAAACCACUUGAAAGAGCUAAUCCGGUUCGUCACAAUAACGAUCCAUUGCCUGGCCGAAUUCGUUAUCGUGCACCUGACCACUCUGAAGUUGAGGUUCCAUUUGGCGACAAAGAUCAGAAGGGUGACUUUACUCUACGCCAUGGAGAUUGGGUACAGUUUUUGCUGGCCACCGAUCGUCGUGAUCAAUUACAACGAGCUACUUCGAUUUCACUAUUGGAAGAAACGUUUGAAUUGUCCGGUGAACGACGUGAACAGGGAAUGGUCGCAUCGCUUAAAGAUGGUUUCGGAUUUUUACGAUGUGUUGACCGAAAUGUUCGUCUAUUCUUUCACUUCACAGAAGUUUUGGACACGACACGAGAAAUUCGCGUCGGAGAUGAGGUUGAAUUUACAACAAUUCAAGAACCUGGUUCAAGUUUUGCAAACAAUAGGUUAAGUGCCAUUAGAAUAAAACACUUGCCUCCAGGAAAAGUUCAAUUUGAGACUUUGAUGGAAACAAAUGUUGAAGGUACGGUGACACGUGAAGCGCCGCGAAGCCCAGUGAAGUCUCAAGAACGCAUGGAAGGCGGUGUAAUAACAUAUACACAAGCCAAUACUAAGAAGACUAUAAUGUAUUUCCUAAAAGACUGCGAAAAACCACCAAGAGUUGGCGAUAAUGUUCGAUUUGAUAUUUGCCAAGUUAAACGAAACAAAGAGUUAAUAGCUGUGAAUAUAGUCGAUGUUUUGUGUAUUCAACAUCAAGUACAGCAGCAACCGGGAAGUGUUGUGGAUACGGGAAGUGUUGUGCUUCAAACUACAAGCACCGUCAAUAGUGCACCGGACAGUGUACGUACAACCAGUGCAUUGGCUCGUAAUCUAAAUGGUAAAUCGGAUGAUGUAAGCAGUGGUGCAAGUGCAAACACAACCAAAUAUCAAGGCUUUGUGGCCGUAUUAAAGGAGAAUUUCGGUUUCAUUGAAACCAUUCAGCACGACGAAGAGGUAUUCUUUCAUUUUAGCAAUUUUAUUGGCAAUCCGAGCAACUUAGAGUUGGGCCAAGAGGUUGAAUACACAUUGUCAAAACGUAAUGGUAGCAAUUCUGGCAAUUGUUUGCCCGCUGAAAAUGUUAAAAUACUUCAACGUGGUUCGAUUUCACAGCCAAAAGUUCUUGAUUCGGCAUACAAUGGCAUUGUAACACGACCAUUGCGCUGCAUCAAUCCGGACCAAGAAGAGUAUUCGGGUUUAAUUCAAUUGAUCAAUGAUGCUGGUGAGCCGGUAUCAUCGCACGAAUUCGGCAUUACAAGUUUGAUCAAUAAACGUGAUUUGUUGCAAAAAGAUGAUCCGGUCGUUUUUAAAGUGGACGAAGCUAGCCGAGCUGUGGAUGUGACUGCCGUACGAAAAAAGAAACGAGCUAUUGUCGAUUCGAUUAAAGGUCAAUUUGGAUUUUUAAAUUUUGAAGUUGACGAAGGCAAAAAGCUUUUCUUUCAUAUGUCCGAAGUACAUGGCAAUCAUAAUAACUUAUAUCCAGGCGAUUCGGUUGAAUUUUCUGUGGUUACCAAUCAGGUGAGCAAGCGAAAUGGCAAAUCAUCAGCAUGCAAUGUCGUUAAAAUAUCAGAAAAUGUUGCACCACGACCAGACCGUCUGCUCUCUCGUCUCAAAUUGCAUAGUUCAAUUGAUGAAAGCAUGCCUCGUCUCAUUUUGAUUCGAUCACCAAAAGGACCGGAAGGAAAAGGUUUCUCAAGUGCUUACAGACAACCACGAUUGUCAGGUGUUUUUGCGGAGUAAUAUAAGUAACUAUGAAGAAUAAAUGAAAAGUAGAGAACAGAGAAGAAGACACGUUUAAAUAGUAAACAACAGAAUAUACUAUAAAUAAACUAAUAUAGUUAUUUUCUCGAUUGUUUUGUUUUUUUGGAGGGGGUUUCACAAAAAAUGAUUGAGAAGAAAAAAAUGGUCGAUUCAAAGAAAAGUGAAUGAAGAAAAAACGGCAAAAACAAUAAAAAAAAAUUGCAAAAAAUACAAACCAAAUACACAAUAUCCAUACGCCAUUAAAGCAUACAAUACAAAAAGAAAAGAAAGAAAAAAAAUGACAGUGUUCAACAAUGAAAUUAUUGCAUAAAUUCGAACAAAAACUCAAAAAAUGAAGCAACAAAACAAA